GGCCAAAGAUACUUUAUUAUAUCUAUAUCCGCGCACACUACCCCCUCUCCCCUCCCUCCCCUCUCCCCACGCGGAAGGUGGUUGGGAGGGGGGAGGGGGGGUGUUGUCAUAGAUAUGAUAUGGCGAAAGUAUACUAUAUGACGAUCCUUAAAUGAGAAAUAACCCACACCCUAACUAUGUGCUUGCCUUUGAUGUUUCAAUUUCUAAUGGAUAUUCUAUUAGGAAUGCGUCCUUCGAUAUCUCCAUAUCUCCAUAUCUUUGUCAGUGUGCAUCCCCCAUUUUCUAUUUUCUAGCAAAAGACGUAGGGUGGUAUAUUUUUUUUUUGUUUGACUCGUAUCCAUAAGAAAAAUUAUCUAGGAAACGAAUACGGCCAUCCUUUUACGGGCUUUAGAGUGGGUGGAAGCGCCCUUGGUGACAAUAGCAUUGAUAAGUGGCAUAGAUAAGCUGAUACGAAGGGAGACGCUUAUCUAAUAUGUCAUAAAACACAUCUACAAACCACCAAUGUCCUGGUCGGGUCUCGCUGUGAGUUCAGCACUAGAACAUCCAGGAGGGGGCCAACCUCAAAUUGAAGCACAAUGUUAGCCAAUAAAAACACCCCGUUCUAUCCCACAUUACAUGGGUUCUUACAAGUUAUAUAAUGAGUCGCGAAUAGAUGUGGUGGAUGCCAUUAAUAACUAAAAAAGAAUCUCGAUAGCUUCAAAGUGCCGGAAUCAUUUUAUGCUGGACAGUGAUGUAUUGAUGUAUAAAAGACACCGUAGUGAAUUUUCCAGUGAUUGAAAUUAAAGAUAGAAGACAUGUACAUUCCGCUGUCGAACGUCUACACGCAGAUGUCGAAGAGGGAGACAGCGGCUGGUUCUCCUUAAGGCAAGUAGAAUCAAAAUCGGAAAUGCGUUUGUUUUCACAUUUCUUCUUCCUUCAAUUCUCCCCUUCUAUAGUAUUCUCUAGCGUGUUCCUCAGUACGUUUUCAUGAUAACUAAUAAAGAAUCCAAUGCAAUUAUGGAACAUGAAACAGGUAAAAUAAAAGACAUUCCAACCAAUACUUACAAUAACCCGAUGCAUAUAUGUGUUUGGAAAUAUGUGGUAAAAAACGUGGUCAAAAUAGUCUCCUAUUAUAGUUUUUCCAUAUAAAAUAUUUUACGUUUGAAACAUUUUCAGAUAUUGCUAUCAUUUCUUACCAAUGACCAGCAUUUGUAAUCGUAAACUCGAAUAUUUUACAAUAACACUUUUCAGCUUUGCGUACAUGGUUAUGAACGCCCGAGAAUUUUACGGCUUGAUGCUAGAAUAAACAUGACAGACAAAUCAAGUUGAGGGGCGAAAGAGACCAAAAGAUGUCUACCUUGAUGAUCUUGUUAUUGUUUGGCAUCUCAGUUCUGUCCACACAGGCAAACAAAUAUGCUAGCACAACCAAGGUUUUAGACGAGCUAUUUAGUCAUCCGCACUACGACAAGAGGCUCAGACCGUACAUGCGAGACAGACCUGUCAACGUCACUAUUAGGAUGACCAUCGUGCACUUCGGCCAGAUAAGAGAAAGAGAUAUGGAUUUUGAGGUCGACUUGUUCUUGAUGCAACACUGGCAUGAUGAGCGUUUGAAGCACUCUUUAGACUUCCCCAUUAGUUUAGACGGACAGUACAGCGACCUGGUCUGGUUACCGGACACGAUAGUACUCAACAUCAAGAAAGCAAUCGCUCACAAUGUCCCCAAUGAUAACAGUGACUUGUCCAUUUACCCUGAUGGAACAGUGCACAACAGCUUAAGAGUAACACUUGUAGCAAGCUGUGGAAUGGAUUUGCGUAACUACCCCAUGGAUGAACAAACAUGCAACAUCACAUUGCUGAGCUAUGCGUACAAAAGUACAGACCUCGACUAUUUCUGGAGUGAAAAAUUCGCGGUUUAUAUAAUAAACAAAGAAAUGAAUGAGUUUCAUUUGAAAACCAUAUCUACUUCCAAGGAAAAGUAUGAAUACGCUUCAGGAGCUUGGAUUCAUAUCACAGCGUCGUUUGUAUUCAAUCGAAACAUUGGUUACUCUCUUCUCCAGGUCUAUGCCCCUACGACGCUUAUUGUGGCGCUUUCGUGGCUAGCAUUCUGGAUACCGCGUGACGCCGUGCCCGCGCGAAUCACGCUAUCCGUGACAACGAUCCUCACAAUAGUCACGCUGAUGGGGUCCUUUAGAACUCAGUUCCCUAAGGUAUCCUAUGUCAAAGCAGUGGAUGUAUUUCUGAUUGUCUCGUUCCUGUUUGUGUUUUCGAGCGCCCUUGAACUGGUCCUAGUGCUUAUACACAGUAACAUGAAGAAAGACCGGAAGCACAGUGUGCCCGCGUCUGCCGAGGACACUAUGGAGGUGGAUGUUCUAGUUGUACAGGUGAAGGACAAACAAGGUCAGGCAUUCGGACAAGACGUGUCCUUCUCUUCCGCUGACCCCGAACCAAGCGUUGCUAGGAAACGAGCCCGCUCUGGUACUUUUAAAAAAGCCAAACGAGUAAUAAAGCACGCCGUCAAAGACAAAAGUUCUGACGUUAUCGAUCGCUGGUCUAGAUGGCUGUUUCCGUUGCUCUAUAUUGGGUUUAUUUUCGUGUACUGGAUUUACUAUUAAGUUACCUAUGUCAGGCGCGAAGGCACUCCUAUACACUAAGUAGGACUGUGACCUUAGAGUCCUUAGAUCCGACUUGCGUGACAAUAGUGUUGUUGUUGUUCUUGUUGUUCUUGUUUUCUUUGUCGUUAUGUUAUUGUUUUUUACCCAACAUUUAAAGCUCUCAUCAUUUUUCCAAAAUACAACAUUCCAUUUUGAUACUAGGAAUACAGUUGUUUUAGUUGUAGGAUGGCUUGGAAUUUACCUUGAUUCAAACUGAUUUAAUUCACUGCUGAGAUAGAAAUAAGGUUCCAUAGCCUACAAAACCAGUCAAGCAAGUCGGAUCGUGAUUGGAACACCUUCAGAGGGCCGUAGCAGGGGUUCCCCCCCCCCCAAAAAAAAUAUAUAUAUAUUCAAAAAUUAUAAGGAAAUGACCAGUAGGGGCGUGACUGCCCCCCCCCCCCCCAAUAUUUUCUUAAUGUUUCUGUAUUGUGCCCCCCCCCCUUAAUCUUGCGUGGCCUACUACGGCUCUGCUUCAAGAAAUUAAACUAAUAAUAAACUACAUGACAAGCUAGAAUAUUUUUUCCUGAUGUCUAUUCUCAGAGACGUGCAGUUAGGUGCAGAUACCAUUUUCUCAAACUCUUCUGGGUUUACCAUAAUAUCAAGCAUGAGAUCAAUGCGAACAGUGUCACAUACUAAUUCGUGUUGCAUAAAGGAAUGGUUUGCACUGGCAGCUCAAGGCCACUGUCAGCAGUUUUAAAGCUUCAAACUCGCUAUAUGAGCAUUCUAUCCAAAAAAUUUCAACGGAAAAUGUGUAUUUGGUGAUAAAUGAUCAAAAGUAUCGAUAAAUAGUAAAAUUGAAGCAUUUUUAAAUGGUUCACGUGAUAUAGAUUUUAAUGUUAAUGCUAGACUUUUCCGUGAUGUACAGGAUUUAUCUCCCCCACUUGUCGUUUCUGUAAUUAGUAUGGAAUUUCUGUAACGGCUCUACUCAUAACCAUUGUAAGGAAGAGUAAAUAAGCCGUUGGCUUUUGAGGUGAUUGUCAAAUAUUGGUUAAAUAAAAAAAAAAAAAUGGAGCGAAGACUUAAACACGAUAUUUCAAUCUCUGUUGUUUUAUUUUUUACGAAUCAAUAUUUUUUCAUCAACAUUAUAAAACUACUGACAGUAGUCUUGGGCUGCCUGUGGUGUUAAGCAAUGAGCGUAAUAAAGGGUUCGUACAAAA